AUGGCCGGUGAAAACAAGCAACCUGCUCAGGGGCAGCAGUCGCCACCUCCUGCUCCCACCCAACCUAUAACGGAAACACAAGGCUCGGACCAAGCUCAUCUUCAAGAGCAGAUACAAAUACGCGGCGGUUGCAUUGACAAGCAAGGAUUCUGCUGUGGUGUUUGGCCCGCGGAUGGUUGUUACUGCAACGUGAUGUAG